AUGGAGUAUCCACGAAAGGCGGAGGUUAACGAAUUUUCCAUAAUGAAGGGAACCAUCUGGAUACUACUCCUACUGGAGGCGACAAGCGGUCAAGCAACCAAUGUGGUACGAGAAACCAAACUUGGGAAAGUGAGGGGCAAACUCGUACGAGUGGACGCCACUUUGGUUGAAGAGUACAAAGGGAUACCGUUCGCCGAGCCACCGGUCGGAGACCUGCGGUUCAAGGAGCCCGUGCCUAAGAAGUCUUGGGAAGGAACAUGGAAUGCUACGAACAGAGGAACUACUUGUCACCAGGCGCCACGUCGCAACGGUACUACUGACUCCGCAGAGGUUACAGAAGAUUGUCUUCACCUAAACAUUUGGGCUCCAGCAGAUGCAGCGAAGAGCCCGGUCCUCGUGUGGAUACACGGAGGAGGGUUUGCGUAUGGCGGUUCUUCUCUGGACUACUAUGAUGGCCUACUACUGGCUUCAUUAACGGGAGUCCUAGUUGUAUCAAUGAACUAUCGAGUUGGAAUCUUGGGGUUUCUAAACGCCAAUUCACCGGAAGCUCAAGGGAACCAGGGCCUUCUUGAUCAGCAUCUAGCUCUCAAAUGGAUACAAGAGCACAUCGAUGUCUUUGGGGGAGAUCCGGCUAUGGUUACGGUCAUCGGCCAGAGCGCGGGUGCUAUGAGUAUUCAUGCUCAUAUCUUAUCUCCCCUUAGCAAAGGACUCUUCAAGAGAGCAGUCAUGUUGAGCGGGUCGCAUAACAACCUUGACUUCGUCGAUAGCAUCCAUGGCAGUGUCAUCAAGGGUGACAACGUUGCCAAGCUACUUGGCUGUUCACAACACGACAAAGAUCUUGUCACCCACCCUGAUGAAGUUUUGCGGUGCCUAAAGUCGAAAACUGCUGACGAACUCGCCGUUGCCACAUCUGAAGCCUUCAACUCCAAAGAGUAUAGCUUCUUCCCGACAUACAACGACCGUUUCUUGCCGAAGGUUCCAAAAGUAGCCUUGGAACGUGGAUUCUUCCAUAAUAUCGACGUAAUAGUGGGGACCACCUCUGACGAAUGUGCAGCGGUGAUCAUCAAACCGUCAGGAUCAGUAAUUGCGAGCGAAUCAUUUCAUGACAUCAAUUAUGAAACACUUGAACGGGCUUUGCGUGAAGCAGUCUCUUCCUGGGCGCAUUCCGACUUGCCAGACUUGAUGAAGCAGUAUUUGGUAAAUGUGUCCGCUGGAGAAAAACAAGGAUUGACCAAAGCAUACCUGGACUAUCUUUCAGACCGGGUAUUCAACUGCCCAGCCCAGUUGUUUUGCGAGAAGCAUGCAGCAAGAAACAACGUCGUUUAUUCUUUCGUGUUCGCACAUCGGUCGCGGAAGGACGGUUAUCCUUCAUGGAUGGGCGCUCCUCAUCACACCACAGUUCCUUACCUAUUCUUGAGACCCUUCAUAGACAAAAAUAAAUUCACAGAAGAGGACAGGACUCUGAGCGAGAUCUUCGUAAGAAUGAUCACGUCAUUUGCCAAAAAUGGGACCCCUGUGCUGCCCGAUGGAAUGCCGUGGCCGAAUUUCACCAAGAAAACGCCGAUAUCGAUUGUGGUUGAGAGUAACAGGUUCACUCCAGUUCAUGGUUAUCACACGGAACGGUGUGAAUCAUGGAGAAAGAUUCUCUAG